CCCUGAUGUUGCACAGGACGUGGUCAUGGGAACGGGGUAAACAGAUGACAACAAGCCCUCAGCACUUCAGAGCUCAUGUGAAUGCUGCGACCGCCACCGAGGGCCAGAAGAGGGAGAGCAGAGACAGACGGAGGACGGAGCUGAGACAGAUAUCUUCCCAUCAUGGCGGAGAGCGCUGACAUGGAGGAGCUUCUCACGGCUUUCAGGAAGUUUGCCGUCCACGGGGACACGAAGGCCACGGGGAAGGAGCUGAACGGGAAGAACUGGGCCAAGCUGUGCAAAGACUGCAAGAUCAUCGACGGCAAGAACGUGACCGGCACCGACGUGGACAUCGUCUUCUCCAAAGUCAAACAGAAGACGUCUCGAGUCAUCACCUACGAGGAGUUUCAGAAAGCUCUGGAGGAUCUGGCUCCAAAGAGGUUCAAGGGCCAGAGCAAAGAGGAGGCGCUGCAGUCCAUCUUCAGACUGGUGGAAGGCCGGGAACCCACCAACGUGGGAGUGACGAAAGUGGCGAAGACGGCGGCGGUGGACCGUCUGACCGACACGUCCCGUUACACGGGAUCACACAAGGAACGGUUCGAUGACACCGGCAAGGGCAAAGGUCGGGAAGGCCGGGAGGAGAUCGUGGAGAACACGGGCUACGUUGGAGCGUACAAGAACGCCGGGACGUACGACGCCAAGACCAAGCCUGAGAAGUAAGGAGGCGGCAGGAGGCACAGCUCCUCUACAGCACUUAGACUGGACCAGACCCUGGACGAUGUGUUUGAACUGGGUUCACAUCAGAUCAGACAGAAGCAGCGCCCCCCUGAGUCUGAAAUGUUCAUCACACAUCUGGACUGAGUCUUCAGUCUCUGUAGUCUCACUCAGACCAGACUCUGUGUCCUCAGUCCACAGUGUGUGAGACAGUUUCCAGAUUAAUUACAGACGUCCUGUUUGCUCCUGAUCUCACGGCUCCUCCUGUAAUUUAAACCCUGUCCUGAAGCGAGUCCUGUAGAACAACCACAGAUCACUGAGACGCUGUUCUACUGAGACUCUUCUCUCUAACUGGACACCAGAGAUUUCAUCAGAUCUAAAAACCAUGUUUAAUGUGUCAUGACUCUGUCUUUGCCUAAGCUUCAGCUCGGUGGCGCCCCCUAGGGGACACAUUAGUCUUUAUCCUGCUGAACGUCGACUACACAUCACGUCCUGUCGUCUAACGUCCUCAAGAACCAGGAGCUAAAUGUUCUCCAGUAAUCGUUGUUUGUCUGAAAGAAGCUUUUUUUUUAGAGUCAUUCCUUAGUUAAAUCUUUAUUAAUCAGACCUGCUUCAUAUUUUGACAGCAUCCAGAUUCACUCUCAUCUCAUUGAUGUUUUGUAAUUUUCUGAUCUGAAAUCUGCAUAUUUUAAAAUAUAUAAACAUUUUAAACGUGCUUCAUCAUCUUUGUGCCUGACUUGAACUGUUUACACAUGGAGUUGAUGCAGGUGACUCUACUGAAUGAAUAAAAUCUCUAAAAGUG